CAGGUCACUUUCAACAUGGAGAGUGGAGCAGGAAAGCAUUGGACUGAAGAGGAGGUUAAAGCCUUGCUAAGCGUCUGGUCAGAAAAAAACAUAAGAAAACAACUUCAUGGAACACUAAGGAAUAAAGGAAUAUUUAUCUACAUUGCUAAAAGACUACAGGAGUUAGGAGUUUGCAGAGACUGGAAACAGUGCCGUGCAAAGUAUAAAAAUCUGAAGUAUGAAUUCAGAACAGUUAAAUAUGCCCACAAUUCUGGAGAUGCCACUAAAACCAUGAAGUUUUUUCAUGAUCUGGAUGCUAUACUGCAAUAUGAACCAGUCACACAAUUAACAGAGGACGAAAACGGCAGGUGCUCUGCAACUGAGAGACAGCUGAACAUAAGCACUACCACAGAGAACACUGAAGGUGAAAUAUCAGUUGCAUUAGAAGAGGAUGAGGAUGUCCCAGAGGAUCCAUUACUUUUUAUUUCACAUGUCAGACCAAUUGAACUAGGUAACCCAUACCUGUGUCUCUCCCCCACCCCACCUGAUGUAGGUAACCCAACAUCAAUAUUAGAGACAUCCAAAAAUCCACCUUUUAUUCCAACAGUAGCAAACGAAGGAGGAAAACACUGGACUGUCAAUGAAGUCAGAGCUCUAAUACAUAUAUGGUCAGACAAAAACAUCCAGCAACAACUUGAAAUGACAGUGAGAAAUAAAAGAAUAUUUGAACAGGUUGCUGCUAGGCUUCAAAAAUUCGGAAUUGAAAGGGACUGGAAGCAGUGCAGAACAAAGUAUAAAAACUUAAAACAUGAGUACAAAAGCAUAAAAAAUGCCCAAGACUCAGGGAAUACAAGUAAAAGUAUGAAAUUUUUUAAUGAACUGGAUGCCAUUCUGGGACACAACACUGGAGAGCAAUCAAGCAAAUCAGAUAAUGAAGAAGGUGAAAGGCCUACAGAAUGGAUAGAAGCUAAAACAGAAAAGGACUCCUUAGGAAUACCUGGAGACGCAGGUGAAGAGGACUCUGUUAGUAAUAUGUCAGAAGAUCUACAGGUCACACAUAUAGAGAAAGUUUCUGACACAGUGCUCCCUGACAAAUUCAAUGAAGACAAGUCUGUAAGCAAUCUUUUAGAAGAACUAGGUGCCACACAUAUAAAGGAAGAAGAGGAUAUUGGUUUAGAAAUCCCUGAAGAUAAAGAGGGCUUCAUUAAUUUCUCCCCAGAAGACUUGGAUUCUACACAUAUAAAGAAAGAGACAAUUGACAUAGAUGAUGAUUCUAUAAGCACUACUUCAGAGGAUAUAUCUGGCCCAUCAGUAGUGAAACAGAUAACUGGGACAGACAAUUUAAUUCCUUUGGAUGAAGCACAGAAUCACUUUAAGGUUAUUACAGUUCAUGAUACAGGAGCAGGAAAACACUGGAGUGAUAAUGAAGUCAGAGCUCUGAUAAAUAUAUGGUCAGAUGAGAAGAUACAACAAAUGCUUGAAGGAGCAACAAGAAAUAAAGAAAUCUUUGAGGAGAUUGCCAGAAGGUUAAUGAAAUUUGGCAUAGACAGAGACUGGAAGCAGUGUCGCACAAAGUACAAGAAUUUAAAAUAUGAAUACCGCGCACUGCAAAAAGAAAACGAUCAUCUUGGCAAUCCCAGACGAAAGAUGAGGUUUUAUGAUGAAGUUGAUUGCAUCUUCAGAAGACAACCUCUAGUUGCAUCUAGCUGGGGAUGUGAAAGUUCUAAUCUCAUAUCAGAGUCAGUGGGAGACAUUAUCACAAACACAGGACCUUGGGGUAUCAAGAGAAAAGCAUCUGAUGAAUCAUCACCUGGUCCGCUUAAGAAGAGUGCUUCUGAGAAAGCUGUAGUACAGUUUCAAAGAAGUUUAACAGACAGAAUGCAUACAGUAACAGAAGGCAAAAAAGCACUUUUAGAAAGGCUUUGUAAACAGGAGGAAACACAGGACAUCAGCAGAACACAGCUGUAUGGUGAUCCUCCAGCUAUAAAACAGGUGCCCGCUGCCCUGGCCGGCGCCGGCGCGAUGGCUCCCGUAGCGACAGAACUGAAACUUGGUAAAAAAAUUAAUGAAGGUAAAACAAAAGAAGUCUAUGAGUUGCCAGAUCUCGCAGGAUGUGUGCUGAUGCAAUCAAAAGACCAAAUAACAGCAGGAAAUGCAGCUAGAAAGGAUCACAUGGAAGGAAAGGCAGCAAUUUCCAAUACAACAACUAGCUGUGUGUUUCAGCUGCUACAUGAAUCUGGAAUCAAAACUGCUUUUGUCAGAAAACAUGGCGACACUGCGUUCAUAGCAGCUCAAUGUGAAAUGAUUCCAAUUGAAUGGGUGUGCAGAAGAAUUGCUACUGGUUCUUUCCUGAAAAGAAACCCUGGUGUCAAGGAAGGAUACAAGUUUUACCCACCCAAAAUUGAAAUGUUUUACAAGGAUGAUGCUGCUAAUGAUCCACAAUGGUCUGAGGAGCAACUAAUUGAAGCCAAGUUCUGCUUUGCUGGACUUACUAUUGGACAAACCGAGGUGGAUAUUAUGGCCCACUCUACACAGGCUAUUUUUGAGAUACUGGAAAAAUCUUGGUUACCCCAGAACUGUACUCUUGUAGACAUGAAGAUUGAGUUUGGUGUUAAUAUAACUACAAAAGAGAUUGUCCUUGCUGAUGUUAUUGAUAAUGAUUCUUGGAGGCUGUGGCCAUCAGGAGACCGAAGCCAACAGAAGGACAAACAGUCUUACCGUGAUCUAAAAGAAGUGACUCCUGAAGCGCUGCAGAUGGUUAAAAGAAACUUUGAAUGGGUUGCAGAAAGAGUGGAGUUGCUGCUGAAAACAAAGAGCCAUGGUAGAGUUGUGGUAUUGAUGGGAUCAUCUUCUGAUCUUGGUCACUGUGAAAAAAUUAAAAAAGCAUGUGCAAACUUUGGAAUUCCUUGUGAGCUACGAGUGACAUCUGCUCACAAAGGACCAGAUGAAACUCUGAGGAUCAAGGCAGAGUAUGAAGGUGAUGGAAUCCCUACCGUGUUUGUGGCGGUAGCUGGCAGAAGCAAUGGCUUGGGACCAGUGCUGUCUGGUAACACGUCAUAUCCAGUUGUCAACUGUCCUCCUCUCUCAGCCGAUUGGGGUUCUCAGGAUGUCUGGUCUUCUCUUAGACUGCCCAGUGGUCUUGGCUGUCCUACUAUACUCUCACCCGAAGGAGCUGCCCAGUUUGCUGCUCAGAUUUUUGGAUUAAGUAACCACUUGGUGUGGGCCAAGCUGCGCUCAAGCAUGUUGAAUACGUGGAUCUCCUUGAAGCAAGCUGACAAAAAACUUAGAGAAUGCGCCUUAUAAAUAACAUGUUAAAAGGAAAGUAAUGCAUACCUUAUAUUGGCUACGUAAAAAAUAGUGCCAUGUGCAAACUGUACGAUGAUACAUCUUGUAUGGUAGAUAGUCUCUACAAUUGGUCUCGUUUUCUGUUUUUUAAUAAAUGAAAGCAUACGGGAUAGUUUGACUUGCUCAAAAUUAUGUUCUGCUUUAGUCCUUGUAUACUGCUUUAACUACAGACUUCAUAAUAUCAAAAUGAAGGUUUAAUGCAAUGUGCACUGGAAUUUAAUCAGUUUUCCCUAGCAGCAUUACUACAGAAUGUUACUGAUGAAGGUUGGAUUUACUAACUCCACUGAGUGGACUGCCAAUCCAAAAGAGAAAAUGUUUAUGCUGUUCUGCUUGCAGUUAUGAAAAUAUGCUCCCUAAGCAAUAACAUAGCUGUAGAUUGCAAUCCUAACUGGAAGAUGGUUCUGGAAUGGACUCGGACAUCCAGCCUCCCUCUGAGAUUGUAAAAGUGUAUGGAAGAAAGCCAGCCAUAUCACAAGAUAGGAUGUUUGCUUCAGGAAAUAUUGAAAUAAACUAUGUCCUCAUAUUAAUAAUGCUUCUUAUACAGCAGUAGACGAGAUUAACUCCGAGUAGUAAUCAUGAGUUCAAAACUGACUUGUAAGCCUUUUGUCCUCUGUUCAAGUACACUGAGUUCUUUCCAUUUCAUUAGUUCUGCUUUAAAGAGCCUCUCAUAAGAUCAUAGCAGACUUCAUUUUUAGAAAAUGUUGGUUGGGGUGUGUGCGUCUUUCUCCCCUUAUUUUUAUAGUGAGAAAAAGUUGGUUGCUAAGGAAUCUCCCAUAAUUGAAGGUGGAAAUAAACAAUUAAGUGAAAUAAUUAGAUCUAAGCAUGACUUUUUCCUCCAUGAAACUAUUGUUUUUAAUUAGGUCAGCUUUAUUACAGUACUGAUUCUAACAAACAUGCAAUUUCUCAACUAAUGUAAUAGCAUAUGCUUUUAAAAUUACAAAUAAACUGUUAAAUUCCAAUUUGCUUUAUGAAGAGGUUUCUCCAGUGGGUAUAUUCAUGCUAACUGUCUAGAUUUAUUUUUUUUUAAGUUACAUGCCCUGGCUGAUACUAAACUAAAAAUGGUUGUGCUAAACAACUUGCUUGACUUGGUGCUUUACAACUACAUGCAUGCAGCACUACUAACAUGCAACCAACUUUUGCAAAGUGCAGUAUCAGGCAGCAUGCUUUGGAGGGGGAGAGGAGGCUUUGACUAGAGAUACAGGAACGAGCCCCUAUGCCUACAGGAAGUCCCAUCGGUGCUUUCAUAGUCACAUUGAUAUAUGGACCCUAAAGUCUUGCUUACCUCAAAGGCUGACACACAGGGCCAGCUUUAUGAACUGUGGGGCCCGAUUCGAAUACCUGGCAGCGGUCCAGGUCUUCGGCGGUGAGGAGUCCGCUCCGGGUCUUCCGUGGCACCAAAGGACCCCCGCUGCCGAAAACCCCCAGCGUGGACACCCCACCCCCUGCCGCCGAAAUGCCACCAAAGACCCGGCCCAGACCACCACCAGGUGAGUUAAAAAAUAAAGAAAUAAAACGGUGUCUAAGGUGUGGGGCCCGAUUCCAGGGAAUUGCCCUAAAGCUGGCCCUUCUGACACACCAUUACCUUUAUGAUACUUAAUAUAUGUACCAUGGAAGGAAUGAAGAACUCAGUUCAUCCUGCUGGGAUUUGAACCUCUGAUCCCUGAGAGUUUAGGAAGAGGUUUAUAGUACAUAGCUAUUGUGACCGGAGACAUGUUUGGUAUUAGAGAGACUUCUUGUGGUGGUGGUGAUCCAUUAAGAUACUGUAAUAGAGAACAUGGACCAUGUGGCAUGGUGCAAGACCUGAGGCUUGAACCAAAGGCUGGGAAUCAGGCCAUGUAUUAAAGCAGAUGCUUACAAGUUCACUGUCCGGUACAUGAACUUGGCAAGAGUACUGCUAGCCUUGCUAAAACACAGGCACUCCUAAGAACCAUCAGGUACCAGGUAUGUGUGUGAAGCUGUUCCAAAAGCUUAGCACAGGUACAUCCUUACCUAGUACAAGAUGAGGCUUUAACAGAAGUGAUAAUUAUGGAUGUUUUGCCUGAAACAAGUGGAGCAAGGAACAAGGGAAGGUAACAAGCAGCUGUUAUGAAACUUCAAAGUUACAAAAACAGGAAUAAACCUCCCUGUUAGCAUAGGGAAAAUUCACAAGCUAAAACAAUAGAUAAUCUAAUGUAUUUCCUUGCUAGUGCUUACAAUUUCUGUAAUUUUAGAUGAAUCUUUUUAGGAGCUGGUUUACCUGCUUGGUCUCUGUCUCUCUAUCCUGAAAGGGAACAAAGAGAGCACAAACAAAACCUCCCCCCCCCCCCCCCAAGAUUUGAAAGUAUCUUCUUUCCCCAUUGGUCCUUCUGGUCAGGGGCCAACUAGGUUAAUUGAACCGAUUAACCCCUUACAGAUAAGUGAUCCUGUACCUCUGAGUGGGAGGAAUUUUGUGUUACUGCAUACAUAAAGGUGGUUACCCUUCCCUUUAUUUUUAUGACGGGGGUCUUAAGGAGUAUUGGUCCUAAAUAGCGUUGGUUGGGAAUUUUCCAACAAAACACAUCAAAAUGCCAUUUGUUGAAACUGCUCAAAGGAAAGGGUGAUUUUGAUGAAUUUCCAGUUUUGAAAUUUUAUUUGAAAAGCGCUGCAUUAUUUAAAAAUUGCUUUCUACUUUCCAUGUCUUCACUGACAUAAUACAACUCUCUAAUUUCCUACCUAUAUUUUCAAACAUUUUUUCAUUUGGAUGUUUUGUCUAGAAAUGUGCAGCAGAGAUAUUUACUUCUGGACUCCUGAAAGUAUUUUCUCUUGUGAGCAUGAGGUGUUUAAAAAAAAAAUGGCUCAGAAAAAAGGAAUAGCAGGUGAGCGAGGUGGAUGUACUUAACAGGAGGUUGCAAAAACACAAAACAAAAGCUUGGGGGGGGGGGGUUAGGGAUGGUGCUUUGAUGUAUGAAGGAAGCUUGAAUGUUUUAUAUUAAUUUACAUCUACCCCAUUUUUCCUGGAAGACCAAACUGGAGACCUAGUAAGACCUAGAUCUCAGAUGCUAAUAAAGUGAAUUGGGAUAGUGACUUUUGUUCACUGUUCAAAAUUCUACUUUGACACUGUCUAAUGUAAUUAAAAUAGCUUCAUACAUAA